CGUCAACUUGACGGAGAAGUCAAAUUGGGUUCUUUUUUUCAGCAAAACUCCGAUCUUCACCAAAUAUAAUUCUCUGGUGUUGGAAUUGAAUUUGUGACGAUGUCUAAGGAUAACGAACCAGCAAAGCUCUUAUUGCCUUACCUUCAACGUGCUGAUGAGUUGCAGAAGCACGAACCCCUUGUUGCCUAUUACUGUCGAUUGUACGCGAUGGAACGAGGAUUGAAGAUUCCUCAAAGUGAUCGUACUAAGACCACUGGUGCCCUCCUUGUGUCCCUUAUGAAACAGCUUGAAAAGGAUAAAAUGUCGUUGAAAUUGGGGCCUGAUGAUCAUUUGCAUUUGGAGGGAUUUGCCUUGAAUGUUUUUGCGAAGGCAGACAAACAAGAUCGAGCUGGACGAGCAGACUUGAAUACUGCAAAGACGUUUUAUGCAGCGAGUAUCUUUUUCGAGAUCCUUAAUCAGUUUGGUGAACUCCAGCCUGAUCUUGAGCAGAAACAGAAGUAUGCUGUUUGGAAGGCAGCAGAUAUAAGGAAAGCUAUAAAAGAAGGACGGAAGCCUGUUCCAGGCCCUCCUGGUGGUGAAAGUGAUGUUUCGGAGCUGUCCAGUGCACCAAGUGGUGAAUACGAUGUUGAACCUAGUGGAGCUAAUUCAGCCAUAAAACCUGCGCCAGAAUCAGAUUCUUCCCCUCAAUUAUAUGACAAUGUACAGUAUACUGCAAACAGUCAGUCACCUCCGCCGUCCAUCCCUCCACCACCUCCUUCACAUGCUCCUCCGUCUCAUCCUUCAUAUUCUAGUGGUGAUUAUCCUUCUAAUGAAGAUCAUUCUUCUCAUAAUUUCCCGCAACCUCCGCCGGCUAGCAGACACGAAAAUUCUUCUUACUCUCAGUUGUAUCAGCAUCAACCUUACUUGCAACAACCCCAAUCGCACUUGCCACAGCACUACCCUUCUCAAGACAUUCCCUCUUCAUAUCCCAAUUUCCAGUCGUAUCCUAGCUUUACAGAGAGCAGCCUACCUGCUGCACCAUCACAUCAGCCUUCUUACUAUCAAGGGUCUGAUACUUCCUAUUCCACUUUGCCUCCAUCUAGCGCGGCUAAUUAUCCAUCAAACAGCCAAUACAACUCAAGUGAUAGAAAUGGGAGUGCAGCGGAGCCUGCAGCUAUUCCUACUAAAACAUAUCAAUACGACAGCAGUUACCAACCUCCACCAGAUAAGAUUGCUGAAGCACACAAGGCUGCAAGGUUUGCUGUCGGGGCUUUGGCAUUUGAUGAUGUUUCUAUUGCUGUAGACUACCUCAAAAAAUCACUUGAAUUGUUGACAAACCCAUCGGCUGGUCAAUGAAGUGCAUCCUGCCACAGCUGGAUUGUUUGAGCUCUGUGCUUCUCUUUUGGGUUUGUUCACUCUUACUGUUUUGCGUGUGGAGAUGGUUUGAUUAACUGUUUGUAUCAUUGUUCAAACUGAAUUACGACGAUGUUCACAGAUGCAUCCUCCGAGUCCCAUCAUCUUGUAAGUGCUCAAACUUUUUGGUGGAGAUUGUUCAGAUUUCUUUUUUUAUUUUUUUAAAUAUUUAUGUGCAGAGAUAAAAUUUUCUUCCCCUUUAUAUCUCGUUUCUAAUACAGGAGCCCGAACCAUAAGUAACUUUGAAAUUGAGGAUGUUGGCCCUUCACCUAUUGUAAAUUUGCAGCCCUUUUUCCUAUUUGGAGUAUUGAAAAUGGAUCACUAAGAUUUUUGCAUUGUACUA